UCUGUGGCAGAUGGGUGAGACAGCAUCUGAGUGCUGCUUGUAGUAGUUUUAUCUUGGCUAUUUUGUCUGUCCAUUAAUAAUAUAGGUAAACAAAACAUUAGGAAUUUGUAUUUUUAAUUAAUGUAAAACUGCGCAAAGAGGAACCACAGGAAAGUGUUCCGUUUUUAGAGAACAUUGCCUUUUUGUUGGACGCAGUGGAUAAUAGACAAACUACCGGAUAACACAAUGGCUCAAAUAGACACAGAGUUUGGUGUGAAGGGCAGCAGCAUCAUCAGGGAAUGGAGUGGACAGGUCCAGCCUGCUCUAGUCGCCUCCUUUGUUUUUCUCUUCUGUCUGGAAGCCUGUCUGUGGGUCAGAAACCUCAGGCUUAAGAGAAGACUGCCAGGGCCCUUCGCUUGGCCGGUUGUGGGCAACGCCAUGCAGCUGGGCCAGAUGCCUCACAUCACCUUCGCCAGGCUAGCCAAAAAAUACGGCAAUGUGUACCAGAUACAGCUGGGCUGCAGCAAUAUUGUGGUUCUGAAUGGAGACAGGGCGAUACGGGAGGCUCUCAUACAGCACAGCACAGAGUUUGCAGGCAGACCAAACUUUGUCUCUUUCCAGGCUGUCUCAGGGGGUAAAAGUUUGACAUUUACUAAUUACAGCAAACAGUGGAAGAUGCACAGGAAAAUUGCUCAAUCAACGAUCAGAGCAUUCUCAUCUGCUAACAGCCAAACCAAAAAGGCCUUUGAGCAGCAAAUUGUUGCUGAAGCCACAGAGCUAGUUGAGAUUUUCCUUAAACUCAGUGCUCACGGCCAGUAUUUCAACCCUGCUCAUGAGCUGGUAGUAGCUGCAGCCAAUGUGAUUUGUGCCUUGUGCUUUGGAAAGCGUUAUGGACAUGAUGAUGUUGAGUUUAGAGCCCUGUUAGAGAGGGUAGAUAAGUUUGGAGAGACAGUAGGGGCUGGCAGCUUGGUAGAUGUGAUGCCAUGGCUUCAGUCUUUCCCCAAUCCAGUCCGCAGCAUGUUCAAGAACUUUAAAGACCUGAAUACAGAGUUCUUUGGGUUUGUCCAGAACAAGGUGGAGGAGCACAGAGAGACAUUUGAUCCAGCAGUAACGAGGGAUAUGAGCGAUGCCAUUAUUGCCGUGAUUGACAAUGCUGAUGGUGACAACGGGCUCACCAGAGGCCACACAGAGGGGACAGUGUCCGAUCUGAUUGGUGCAGGUCUGGAUACCAUCUCCACAUGUCUUCACUGGAUUGUUCUUCUGCUGGCUAAACACCCGGAGAUACAAACCAAACUCCAUGAGCUCAUUGACAAAGUGGUGGGGCGAAACAGGCUUCCAUCUAUUGAGGACAGAAGCAGUCUGGCCUACCUGGACGCCUUCAUCUACGAGACCAUGCGCUUCACCAGCUUCGUCCCCGUCACCAUCCCCCACUCCACCACCUCCGAUGUCACCAUUGAAGGUGUCCACAUCCCCAAAGACACAGUUGUCUUCAUCAAUCAGUGGUCCGUCAAUCACGACCCCUUGAAGUGGAAGGAUCCACAUAUGUUUGACCCCUCUCGCUUCCUGGAUGAGGAGGGCUCCCUAGAUAAGGACAUCACCAACAAUGUUAUGAUCUUCUCAGCAGGGAAGAGAAGAUGUAUUGGGGACCAGAUUGCCAAAGUUGAGAUAUUUUUGUUCUUCGCAAUUCUACUCCACCAGUGUACCUUUGAGAAAUGUGCCAAUGAGGACCUGUCUUUGAACUGCUCCUAUGGUUUGACACUGAAGCCUUUACAUUACAAGAUUUCUGCCAAACUCAGGGGAGAAUUACUGGAAGGCAAAUAGAACAGUUGUUAAACUGGUUCUCCAAUUAAAGAACAGCAAUGCAAUAUAAGGUAUGUGUUCAAAACCUUCAAAAAAAUAUCUAUGUUUUGUAUUGCAAAGGACUUUUUGCAAUAAGCUUAAAUUAUCCUAAAAUAUGCAAAAUAUAAGCUUUCUUACUUCUGCUGACAUUUAAAAUUGUGACACAGACAAUAUAUUUCACUUUUUUUCAACAUUUCUCGUAGUUAAUGUAUAACAAGCUUGCACAUUGUUAAUGGCAUUGGCAAACUUGUGAGUCAUAUCUGGGCCCAACAGCAAUUUUACUCCUCAGCUAUGAAAAACUGUGAUUGACUGAAAAUCUAAAUAUAUCUGCAAUGGCUAUGCCACAUCAUGUUAGCAAAAGAAAAAAUUGUAAUGAAAGUUUUGAUGUGUUUGCCCUAAACCACAAUUCAUGAUAAACGUAAAGAAUGUAUUGUUAUUUAUAUGAGGGUAUUUAGUGGAGUUGCCCUAAGUUGCAAUAUAAACUGGUGGUGAUGAAUCAGUUUCACUUUAAGCAUUUUGUUUUUCUCGCUGAUGGGGAGAAACCAUGUGCCAGCUGUGUGGUCUCAACUGAGCAGUUAUUCACCCAGACACUCAUUUAUCUUCCUAUGUAUUGAAGUUUUUCAUAUUAAAACUUAAUACAAAUAAAGCGUGCAAGUCCUCUUGAAUCAUGUAAUCUUAAAUCAUUCAUAAUACUGUUGUAUUCUGAAAAUAACUCAUGUCACAUAUAACUAACGGUGUGUCAAAUAGCCUCUUGGUUAUACUGUCUCCUUCCUUUACUGCAUAAUACAUCAUGAUUUAUUUGGCAUACCACAUUGUAUGAAUAAUAAGCUGUGUUGAAUUGCUAAAUAAUGGUUUCAUAAUGAACCCAGUGUAAUGCAAUAUGUAAUCUACAAUGC